UCUUCAAAGCCAUGACUAAAGUGUAUGAAUUAGAUGAAAGCAAUGUAUGUAUGAGUAGAUGAGUGGUGUUUAGAUCAGUACUAAUACCGAUACAGAUUUUUUUCAAGAAAUAUCGGGGGGAGUUAACUGAAGGAAUAACGUAUAAUCCCAGUAACGAUACUCUACUUUGGGUUGAUAUUAUCAGGGGAGAAGUCCAUCGAGUUAAGCUAAGCCGAGAGGAAGAAGAGGAGAUCGAGAAGAGUCACGAGGUUUUAAAAUUUGAAGAUGGCCAGGAAUCAAUUGGAGCCAUUGGAUUAACCAAUGAUGAUAACAUAGUGAUAGUUUGUGCUAAGUACGGGAUUUGUAAAGGGAAUUUCAAGAAUGGGAGAAUUGAGUAUAUUCUUGAGUAUAAUCAUACCCAGGAGCAAAAGAAAAGAUUGAGGUCCAAUGACGGGAUCAUUGAUCCGUGGGGGCAUUUAUGGAUUGGGGUAAUGACUGAUUUCCCGGUGGCCGAACAGGAAGGAGUGAAACCCGAAGGACGAUUAUAUCGAAUCAAUUGUCACGAUUUAACGAUUGAAACCAUGGUGCAAGACUGUUUUAUUUCCAACGGAUUGAAUUUCAGCUUCAAUGGGAAAAAAUUCUACUGGACCGAUUCGUUAACCUACAAGAUCUGGAGCUUUGACUAUGACUAUAUUUCCAAUACGCUUUCGAAUAAACAAGAAUUCAUAAAUAUGAAAACCAUUGAAACGGGAGAGAGCCCGGAACCCGACGGGUUAACCAUUGAUAAGAACGACGAAAUUUACUCUGCAAUCUUUAGUGCUGGUAAAAUACUUCAUUUUAAUCAGCAAGCGGAGAUUACUGAGAUUUUCAAGUUGCCCACUCCGAAAAUUACAUGUGUUACAAUUGGAGGCAGUAAAAAUAAUCAAUUAUUUAUUACCAGUGCUAAAGAUGGAAGUUUAGGCGGAUAUCUUUAUAAAAUACAAUUGAAUAAGAGCUUAAACGGUAAAAUUAAAUUUGUUUGGGGAGGUAAAUCAUGAAUAUAAAUCUAAAAAAACAUUUAUAAAAUCUUCCACUAAUUCAUUUUCUUCACUACCACCAAUUCUCAAAUUACAUAAUUUUAGAUUAGCAAUUUCCCGUUUACCUUCGGUGGUUGUUUCAUUCGUAAAAUCAUCACUUUUAAGGAUCUUGAUAAUAGAUAGUAGGUGUACUUGUAGGGAUUUAUACUUUAGCAUCGACUGGAUUGCGGGAUCAUUCAACACCAACGCAAACUUAUCGUCUCCACCAGCCGGAACCCAUUCAUCUUUUUUUGUUUCCAACCGUUCGGUGUUUUCAUGCUGAUGGUUUCGGUAACAGGC